GGGACAUGGACAGAAGCCAGAGGAUAAGGUUCCAAUACGAAGCCAGAGGAUAAGCUGUGAAUAAACGCCUCCGAAAUGGCGCAGUAUGUCGGAGUAGACGAGAUAGAGGCAGUGAGAAUCGGCCUAUCAGAACUCAGUAGAAGCUUAAAGUCUUCUCUAAGGCGUAAGACAUCUACAAGUCAUGGAGGCACUAGUAAGGAUGACGACCGGGAGCUUGUUUCCGAAGUUGAACUUGCUCAGCAAUGGGCUUCCAUUGAGAGACUGCCGACUAUUAACAGGCUUAGGACUUCAUUGUUCGAUAAGGAGGGAGAAGAGAAGAUUGUGGAUGGUGAGGGAAAGAGGGUGGUUGAUGUUACGAAGCUGGCUCCGCUUGAGAGGCGUGUGUUUAUAGAGAAGCUUAUUAAGCAUAUUGAGCAUGAUAAUCUUAAGCUGUUGAGGAAGAUCAGAGAAAGAAUUGAGCUAGUUGGAUUGGAAUUGCCCACUAUAGAGGUGAGAUAUAAGAAUUUGAGUGUGGAAGCUGAUUGUGAGGUUGUUGAUGGAAAGCCCCUCCCAACUCUAUGGAAUUCUCUUAAGAAUUCGUUUUCGGUCCUCUUGAAGCUUAUAGGUUCAAAAUCAAAUCAAGCUAAGAUAACCAUCAUUAAUGAUAUCAGUGGCAUUGUUAAGCCUAGAAGGUUGACUCUUCUGCUUGGCCCUCCAGGUUGUGGGAAGACCACCCUUUUAAAGGCUCUCUCAGGGAAUCUUGCCAAAUCUCUUAAGGUGACAGGAGAAGUUUCCUACAAUGGUUACCAGUUGGACGAGUUUGUUCCCCAGAAAACAUCAGCUUAUAUAAGCCAAGAGGAUUUGCAUAUAGCAGAAAUGACUGUAAGGGAAACACUUGAUUUUUCUGCUCGAUGCCUUGGUGUUGGAAACCGAGGAGAUAUGAUGAUGGAGGUGAGUAAAAGAGAGAAGGAGGCGGGUAUUGUUCCGGAUCCAGAUGUAGAUACUUACAUGAAGGCAAUUUCUGCCAGAGGACAAAAAACAACCCUUCAAACAGACCAUGCUUUAAAGGUCCUUGGACUUGAUAUCUGUGCUGACACAUUGGUGGGAGAUGAGAUUAGAAGAGGUAUCUCUGGAGGUCAAAAAAGGAGACUGACUACAGGAGAGAUGGUUGUUGGGCCCAUAAAAGCACUAUUUAUGGAUGAAAUAUCAAAUGGUUUAGACAGUUCAACUGCAUAUCAGAUUGUUGCUUUUCAGCAACAGCUGGUGCAUAUUAUGGACGCUACUGUAUUGAUUUCGCUUCUUCAGCCAGCUCCAGAAACCUUUGAACUCUUUGAUGACAUCAUUUUGAUGGCAGAAGGGAAGGUUGUGUAUCAAGGACCACGCGAUCAAGUUGUAGAAUUUUUUGAGGACUGUGGAUUCAGGUGUCCUCAAAGAAAAGGUGUAGCGGACUUUCUUCAGGAGGUGAUAUCUAAAAAAGACCAAGCACAAUACUGGUACCACACUGAACAUGCUUACAAUUAUGUUUCAGUAGAUAUGUUCUGUCAGAAAUUCAAAGAAUCUCCUCUUGGUAAGAAGCUUGAUGAGGAUCUCUCAGUGCUGUAUGAUAAAUCCAAAUGCCACAAGGAUGCUCUUUCCUUCAAUGUGUAUUCUCUUUCUAAGUGGCAACUACUUAGAGCUUGCAUGUCGAGGGAAUAUCUUCUCUUGAAGAGAAAUUAUUUUCUCUAUGUAUUCAAAACAACCCAGAUUGUUAUCAUUGCAACUGUUACCAUGACUGUAUUUUUGCGGACUCGGAUGGAUAUUGAUGUUCUUCACGCAACUUACUACAUGGGUGCCCUGUUCUUUGGACUCAUGAUACUUCUCGUUGAUGGUCUUCCAGAGUUGUCUCUGACUACAGAAAGACUUCCAGUGUUCUUUAAACAAAAAGAAUUGUACUUUUACCCAGCUUGGGCUUAUGCAAUUCCAGCCACUAUUUUAAAAAUUCCUCUUUCAGUAAUUGAAUCUGUGACAUGGACAUGCCUUACGUACUAUGUCAUUGGGUACAGCCCUGAGGCCAAGAGGUUCUUCCGUCAGCUUAUUCUACUUUUUGCUAUGCACCUUAACUCUAUAUCAAUGUUCCGGUUUUUGGCAUCGGUUUGCCGGAAUCUAGGUGCUGCUAUGACAGCCGGUGGUUUUACGGUAUUAUUAGUCCUAAUAUUUGGUGGUUUUGUUAUCACACAUCCUUCCAUGCCUGGGUGGUUGAAGUGGGGUUUUUGGGUUUCCCCUCUAUCAUAUGGAGAGAUAGGUAUCUCUGUAAAUGAAUUUCUUGCUCCUCGAUGGCAAAAGAAGCUGCCCACAGACACUACCAUAGGGACACAAAUACUAGAAAGCCGUGGGUUAAACUAUGAUGAAUAUUAUUACUGGAUUGGACUGGGUGCCUUGUUUGGCUUUGCUUUACUUUUCAACAUUGGGUUUAUCUUGGCCUUAAGUUUCUUAAAGCCUCCUGGAUCAUCUCAUGUGAUGAUUUCACGAGAAAAGUUGGCCAAGAUUCAAGGAAGUCAAGAUGCCAAUGAUGGUAAGCUUGCAGAAGAAAAGUCUAAGAAUUCUCCUGUGAAAGGUGGGAUGGUCUUACCUUUUGAACCCUUAUCAGUAGCCUUUGAGAAUGUGAAGUAUUAUGUUGACAUCCCUGGGGAGAAGAAGAAACUCCAACUACUUUCUGAUGUUACCGGUGCAUUAAGGCCUGGUGUUCUUACAGCAUUAAUGGGUGUUAGUGGAGCUGGAAAAUCUACUCUUUUAGAUGUUCUUGCAGGAAGAAAAACUACUGGUUAUAUCGAGGGAGAACUAAAAAUUGGUGGGUAUCCUAAGGUUCAAGAAACAUUUGCAAGAGUUUCAGGUUACUGUGAACAAAUCGACGUGCAUUCUCCUCAAAUCACUAUAGAAGAAUCUCUGAUUUUCUCUGCUUGGCUACGUUUGUCUCCUGAGAUUAAAACAAAAAUUAAGACAGAAUUUGUUAAUCAAGUCCUUGAGAUCAUUGAGCUUGAUGAAAUUAAGGAUGCCUUAAUUGGCGUACCAGGUGUUAGUGGUCUAUCAACUGAGCAACGUAAGCGGCUCACUAUAGCAGUCGAACUUGUUGCCAAUCCCUCUAUAAUCUUUAUGGAUGAACCUACAAGUGGUUUAGAUGCACGAGCAGCAGCAAUUGUUAUGCGAGUUGUGAAGAAUGUGGUUGAGACAGGAAGGACGAUCGUUUGCACUAUUCACCAACCAAGCAUCGACAUAUUUGAAGCAUUUGAUGAGUUGAUACUUUUGAAAAGAGGUGGACGCGUCAGCUACGCUGGACCAUUGGGAAAGAAUUCAUGUAGGCUUAUAGAGUAUUUAGAGGCAAUCCCUGGGGUGCCGAAGAUUAGAGAUAACUAUAAUCCAGCAACAUGGAUAUUAGAGCUCACUUCUCCAUCUUCAGAACUUGAACUUGGUGUAGAUUUUGGCCAAAUAUACGCAGAUUCUGCUUUAAGCAAUCACACGAAAGCUCUGGUGAGGGAAUUGAGUACUCCACCACCUGGUUCAAAAGAUUUGCAUUUCCCAACCCGCUUUGCACAAAGUGGUUGGGUGCAAUACACAUCUUGUCUAUGGAAGCAGAACUUGUCUUAUUGGAGAAAUCCAUCAUACAACUUAUUCCGACUUGUGCACGCAUUUAUAGCGUCUUUGCUUUUUGGUGUACUGUUUUGGGACCAUGGAAAGGAAAUAGAUACCCAGCAGAGCUUACUCAAUAUAUUUGGAGAAUUUUAUGUUGCAGUGAUAUUCAUGGGCAUCAAUAACUGCUCAACCACUAUACCCUGUAUUGCAACAGAGCGUGAUGUUAUGUACCGAGAAAAAUUUGCAGGAAUGUACUCUCCCUGGGCUUAUGCAUUUGCACAGGUGACAGUUGAGCUUCCUUACUUAUGUCUUCAAGCAAUUAUGUAUGUAAUCAUCACGUAUCCAAUGAUUGGAUUUUAUUGGUCGGUGUAUAAGGUCUUCUGGGUGUUCUAUGCAAUGUUCAUUACUAUGAUGUACUACAAUUAUCUUGCAAUGCUACUUGUGGCAUUGACGCCAAAUCACAUGGCUGCUUCAAUUCUAGCCUCCGUAUUUUACACCUUCUUCAAUCUGUUUUCCGGAUUCCUCAUUCCUGAACCGCAAAUUCCAAAAUGGUGGAUCUGGUUGUAUUAUCUGAUGCCUACUUCAUGGACACUAAAUGGUUUGAUCACAUCACAAUAUGGAGAUAUCAACAAGAACAUUAGUGUGUAUGGAGAAAUAAAAAGUGUAUCGACCUUCUUGAAAGAUUAUUUCGGUUUUCACCAUGAUCGCUUACCUAUUACAGGUGUUGUUCUUCUAAUCUUUCCUCUUGUUCUUGCCUGUCUUUUUGCGAUUUGUAUUGGACGGUUGAAUUUCCAGAAAAGAUGAGGCAUUAGAGUAGAUUUAAUGUUUGUGCAUAAACAUCUUAUAAACCGUGCAUAUCGAAUUUAUAUUUUUCUACAUUUUUGUUCAUUGUAAGUUUCGUAUAUUGUAAGGAUAAACUCAGAGAUUUAUCUGUAUAAGCUAAAAUGUGAUACAAUUACAUAUCAUUUCAAUUGCAUAUUAUCAAUAAUAGAAAUGCGUGUAAGAUCAAGUUCUUUGUGAACUUGCUCUCUUUCUUUCCA